AUGAUGCAGACAGUUGAAUGGGGAAGCUUCAACAUGAUUGAAGCAGAGCGGCGUCUACUAGCCAAUGCACUUCUUGACUUUUCCAACCAACGUUUUGUUCUCCUCUCGGAAUCUUGCAUUCCCCUGUUCAAUUUCACCACCAUCUACACUUACCUCAUCAACUCGACUAGAACGUAUGUGCAAGCCUAUGAUCUACUUGGGUCUGUAGGCCGUGGCCGUUAUAAACACCGCAUGAGGCCCAUAAUCAUGCUAGAUCAAUGGCGAAAGGGCUCUCAGUGGUUCGAAAUGGAUCGAGACCUAGCCCUUGAGGUUAUCUCCGACAGGAUAUAUUUUCAAGUAUUCAAAAAAUUUUGCAGGUAUUCAUGUUAUUCAGAUGAGCACUACUUGCCUACAUUUGUGACAUUGAAAUCUUGGAGGAAGAAUUCAAAUAGGAGUUUGACGUGGGUUGACUGGUCAAAGGGUGGAUCUCAUCCAGCUAAGUUUGGUAGACCACGUGUGACCAUUGAUUUGUUGAAUGGGAUGAGGAACAGAAGCCACUGUUUGUACAAUGGGAAGAGCACUAAUAUCUGCUUCUUGUUUGCAAGGAAGUUUUUGCCUAGUGCUUUGGAUAGGCUCUUGAGGUUUGCCCCAAUGGUCAUGCAUUUCAAUUGA